GACUUGUGCGUCGUCGUCUUCCUCAAAUCGUUGGUUAUCGUCUCAAAUCAAAAUAUUUGCUUACUCAUCGGAGAUGGCGUUUUUGCUGAAGAACAACUCGAUUUCAUCUCACCUCCGAUCUUCUUCACAGAAGAUGGAAGGUGGCGCCUUAGCACAACCGCGGCGGGGGUUCCAUGUGGAGCUAGGAUCACGCGAGAAAGAUCUAUUGGCUGAGAAUGAUGCUUUGAGGAGAUUCAAGUCGCAUAAGAAAGGAGUGCGCCAAUUGAAAAGAAUUGGAGAUGUCAUCACUGCUGUCGUUGUUGCUGGGUGCUGCUAUGAGAUCUAUGCGAGGGCAACUAUGAAAAAGGAAGCUUAGGCUGCAUGAGGAAGCUCAUGAGUCCUCCUUAUGCUUCUAUCAUCAAUCUUCCCUUUUUAGCAAGUCUCUUCUGGAAUUCAUGUUGGCUAUUGCUCAACGGUCUUUUGAAUAAGUGAAUAAACGAAAAGGAAUUGGUAUUUUUGUUAUUUUGGACCAGAAAGACUCGUUCGUCUGUGUUAUAAGAUUCGUCUAAUGUUAUUUCUAUUGUCGCCUC